AUGGAUGGAAGUCAACUGGAGAGGCACGGCAUGGGUUCUGUCAAGUGCCAGAAUGAGACCCUCGGGAGGAGUUUUGAACUUGGGGAAGGAGGAGAACAUGACGCUGGUGAGAACGGCCUGGUCAUCACGUGGCUCAAAGGGAAGGACCCUCUGCUGGUCACCUGGCUCUCAGCAUGUCAGGAGACUGUCCCUGAAAUUGGAGCUGAGCCACCCAGCAACCUGGGGGACCCCGUGCGGGGCAGUCAGCACAAACACAGACGCCCUUGUGUUCAGGAACGAGAUCCAAAAAGCAUUUGGCUGGUGCAUGGAAGCCCAGCAGCCCAGCCUGCUUGUUCUGACCACCUUUGUACCUGGAUUCCAAGCAAAGUGGGUGUGCAUGGAGGCUGGUCUGUUCCUUACCUGCGCCUGGGAACUGAUCACAGGCACCUUCCUGGCCACACCCCCCAAGCAGUGACUGGAGGUAGGCUUCUUGCAGAGGAAGGCCCAGAGGGGCCCACGGAGAACCUGUGGGUCAGGUUUCAGGAGCAGAGGCAGAACAAGGAGGCUGCGGAGCUGCUGGCGGCCACUAGAUGGCAGUCCAUCCCCCGGGAUGCAGUGGCCAUGCCGGCCAGAAAGGAUGCUGCCCAAGCUGUGCCAGGAGCAGGAAGUGCCAGAGUUGAAUGGGGCGCUCCAGGCUCUGAUGACCCCCGUGGUUUUCAGUGUCGGCUCUUCUCAACCACACCUCAAGCCCUAGGCGGCACAGUAGAAGCCACUGGAUUUGGGUUUUACUGCCAGGUUUCAAGUGAUGGAAGCCUAUAUUGUAAUCUAACGUGAAUUAAAACGCACUUCUUAUGGGGGCUAGCUGAGAAUGGUGAUAUCUCAUUCAGGAAUAGGCAUGCUCUGUUCCCAGGGAGGUCCACAAUUUCUGCUUCCGGGCCGCCACAUGGCUCUGUAACGCGGGUUGAGAUAGUUAAUGGCUUUUUAUUUGUGUAUGCGGUUUGUACUAAGAUUUUUACCGGGAGCCUUAGACUAUUGAUUCUUUGAUUUCUGAAAGAUACUCGUGUAGGUAAAAAAAUGACUAAUGAUUUGAGGAACUUGUACCAUUUCUUUUUUUUCUCCUGAAUCACAGGG